AUGGUGUUUUCCUUAUUGAUUGAGGCUGUGUAUAUAUUAAUACCUACAUUAUACAAAAGUAAACCGACUAUUAGAAUAUUAGCUUAUGUGUUUGUGUUCAUUGCAUUACUAGAAUGUACUGUAUGUUGGUUUUUAACGUGGCGAGAUGUAGCAAAUUAUGUUAGAAAAACAUUUAAAGGAAAAUAUUUUUCGGAUGCGAGUGAAACGCCUCAGGGGUGGAGAUUAUGCCCCUCUUGUCAGUUAGAUGCCCCACCAAGGUCUCACCAUUGUAAACUUUGUGGAAAAUGUAUUUUGAAACGAGACCAUCAUUGCUUUUUUACCGGAUCAUGCAUUGGAUUCUAUAAUCAACGAUAUUUCAUAGUGUUUUGUGUUCACAUGAUUUGGUCCAACUUGUUUGCCUUGUACAUGCAAUUGAAUUAUCUAAAUCAGGUCAUGCCAAUUUUUUCAAGUUCGUUUUUGAAUUACAUUCCAGCAAUAAACAUAGUAUUUUGGAUGAUGGGAAAAAUUCCACUUGGUUUGUUGUUAUUGACAAUUCAUUCAUAUUUUUGUAUUUUCACAUUAGGAGCCAGUUUGUUUUUCCUUAUCUGGCAAGUGUAUCUCUUAUCAAGUGGAAAAACAAGUUUUGAAGCUUGGAAGAAUAUAAACCCUUAUGGAAAAAGUGCCUUAGACAAUAUUCGUUCGGUGUUUGGACCAUUAAAGUUAGCUUGGAUCAUGGUAUUUUUCCCUGUGCCUUUUGAAUUGAGUGAAGAUGGAAUAAAAUGGGAAGUGACACCACAACAUUUAAAGAAAGGACAUUAA